AAACAGGCUGCAUUCCACCUCCAACUUCAACGGCCAUUCUAUUUCUUCUUGUUCUAGUCAACUCGGCUCCCUUUUCGUUCCCAGAAAUUGGACCCUAUGGAAGACAGGAUUAUAAAGUUUGUAGGAUUUGGAGCAGUUUUAUGGGCCACUGCUUUUCUGUUGGUUAGAAAAAUCUUCCCAAAACGUUCUUUUGAAUUCUGCAAUCGUCUGGUUUCCUCCAUUCAUGCGACUUUAGCUGUUACACUAGCCUCGCUCUCUGUUGAAGAUUGGAGAUGCCCAGUUUGUCCUUUGGCUUCAGCAUCUUCCUCUCUCCAGAUGCAAACAUUAUCUGCAACAGUUGGUUAUCUGAUAUAUGAUCUAGUAUGUUGCCUGCUCGACAAGAAAGUUAAUCUUGACAAUAUCGUUCAUCAUUUGGUCAGCAUUGUUGGACUUGGAGCAGGUCUUGCAUAUGAAAAGUGCGGAUCAGAGUUGGUAGCUGCAAUAUGGAUAACGGAGAUCUCCAGCCCUUUCCUCCAUUGGAGAGAACUUCUCAAAGAGCUCGGUUACAGGGACACUGCCCUUAAUUUCUUAGCCGAUAUAUUAUUUGCAGUGAUAUUCUCAUUGGCAAGAAUGGGAUGUGGGCCUUAUCUCACGUUCGUGACUCUAUCAGCCAACAAUCCAGUCCUAAUCAAGGCAAUGGCAGUUGGACUACAGCUGGUGAGUGCUUUUUGGUUCUGCAAAAUAGCAAGGAUGGUGAGAUUCAAGCUUGCCAAACGGACAUCCAAAAAAGCUGUUUGAUGGACUCAACUGAACCUAGUAUUCAUUCCUAAUUUCCUGCAAGAAUAUUAUUUUGGAACCCGCCAAAUUGAUCAAUUGUCAGAGUGGUAAAUCAAGGCCAGAUGUCAAUGUCGGCUUCAUAGCCUUCUUCCCGGAGACAUAGCCGGGGGUCUGUAUUGUAUUAGCGGUAGCAAUAGCAAUUAAUAGUUGAAAAGAAAUAAUCACCAUCGCAA